GGACGAGCCACGUCGCCGCGACUGAGAGGCUCCUCUCUGGUCUCAAGGGGGAACCAUCCAUCCACCCAACAACCUCGCAUCGCACCGCCUUCCCCUCCAAACCAACCACACCCUUCGACGUCACAAGCCUCCAGAUUCAGGCUUCUCAACGUCUUCCACGCCGACCUUCCACUUCUUCCAUUGCCCCUCCCUCCCCGUCUUCAUACCCGAAGUACUGUACGCAUCGGUGCUGACCCCGCCCGAACCGCCACCAUGAAAGCCGCCCUGAUCCUGUCUGUUCUGGCCUCUGCCGCCGUUGGCGUUGUCGCCGAGGAGCUCAAGAUUGACGUGACGCUGCCCGUCGUCUGCGAGCGCAAGACCAAGAACGGUGACAAGAUCCAUAUGCACUACCGUGGCACCCUCGCCGCCGACGGAUCACAGUUCGAUGCCAGCUACGACCGGGGCACUCCCCUCGUCUUCAAGCUUGGUAGCGGCCAGGUUAUCAAGGGAUGGGAUCAGGGUCUCUUGGACAUGUGCAUCGGCGAGAAGAGGACUCUGACCAUUCCCCCCGAGUUCGGUUAUGGCCAGCGAGCCAUUGGCCCUAUUCCCGCCGGCUCGACCCUGAUCUUCGAGACGGAGCUCGUUGGCAUCGAUGGCGUCCCCAAGCCCGAGAAGAUCGAGACCAAGGUUGUCGAGAAGGCCGAGUCUGCCGCCGACAGCGCUGAGGAGGCAGCCGAGUCUGCUACCGAGAAGAUUGCCGAGAAGGUCGCCAGCGCCGUCGCUGAGGCUGCCGACGCCGCCAAGACCAUCCUCGCGGAUACCGAUGACGCCCCCGUUCACGAGGAGCUGUAA